AUGGCAGCAGCCGUUAGCUCCUAUCUACCAAAUAUAUAUCAUCAACAAUCAUAUCUCCAUUCAACAUUAAUAUCAUCUUAUGCUGCUCAAUAUAUUCCUAAUAACUACUAUAAACCAAAACCACAAAAUCAUCAUCAACAACAACAACAACAACAACAACAACAACAGCAACCUCGGACACCGACGCCGACAAAAAUAACUGAAAAUGUUGAUUCUAAUGUCCAACAAUUACGUACUCGACGUGAACCUCGUAUUCGUCGACAAGUAAUUUUAUUACCAACACCAAAACCUAUCUAUCGACAAGUACGACAUCGAUUGCCAACACCUGAACGACAAGUUAUUCAACGAACGAUUAUUAAAAAAGCUAACGGUGAGGUUAUAGUUCAACAGCAACGAUAUAGAAAGAAAAUCAGAAGUCAAAGUUAUGCAGGAGCUACUACUACACGGGCACGAACAUCUCGUACACCACAAGUUACAACCGAUUAA